AGGGAGACGCGGGAAAAUGGCGGAAUCACGGCGCAGGCCUCUUGGGAGGUCUUUCGUGGAAGCUGGACCUAGUGCCCCAGUGAUCUCCAAGGCCAAAGUGAAAAGAGCACCAGCUGGAAGAAUAAUAGAGUCUCGAUAUUUGCAAUGUGAGAAGAAAAAAGUUAAGCCAUUUGCAACUAACACUUCAAUCAGCAGUUCCAGUGGGAAACAGACCGAAAGUGGAAAAAAAAUUAAUGUGUCUCAGAAGGGUAGCACAGAUAAUAGUCAAGUUGAAAAGGAUGAUUUGCAGUCAACUCUAUUAGAUGGGCACAGAACUGCACCUCCUGAUCUGGAUCUUUCUGCUAUUAAUGAUAAAAGUAUCAAGAAAAGGACUCCACAAUUAGCUGAUAAAGCUAAUACAGGACAAAUUUCUAAAACACCAAAAAAAUCUGACACAAUUUCCUCAGAAAUUAUCAGGAUGGAGUCACAGACAUUACUUCUAACCCUUCUGACAGUGAAGAUGAAGAAACGGCUUGCUGUGAUAGAAGAAAAGGCAGAAGGAAAUCUGAUAAUGUUGUGUGAAGAAAAGGACAGACUACAAAAAAAAGUACAAGAAUUGAAACGCAAACUUAUAUUUCAUCAAAAAGAGCAAGAGCUGAUGGACAUACUUGCUACUCAGAGUGAAUUACUUACUCCCUUUGUAACAAUGUCUGAGUGUUUUAAAAAGGAAUAUAAAACUUUUGCAACUGCAGUUGACUCUACUAGGCAUGAACUACCUGUGAAGUCUGUUCACAUGGAAGGAGACAGAGACAUGUUUUUAGAUAACUUACAACAUCAGCUAUGUAUCACACAAAGCUUGUUGGCAGAAGUUACAACUGACCACUUAGGACAGAAUGCUAAGGUGCUUGAUGUGUUAGGAGAAUUUAAAGAAGUAGUGCGGAAAAAGGAUCUAGAACUCAAAAGGAGCUUUGCCCAAGUGCUUAACUUAUCCUCUGAAGUCAGUAAAGAAGCUGCUUUGACUAACCAAGAAGUCUGGGAAGACACUCAAGGCACACAGAACCUAAGCCAGUGGUAUUUUAAUCGAGGCCAUUCAGAGACUACUCCAAAAGACAACUAAAGGCCUGAUAGGUGCUUAUAUUUUUAGGUUUAUCAUAUCAACAAUAAGUUGUCUCUGACUCAUUUCACUGAUUUAAUUUUCUUCUAUUUUCUCUGCCACAGGCUUAAAAGGGCUAAAUAGCAUCAGUAUUUGAGUAGAGAAUAUAGAGAAUACAUUUGUUUUUUAUGAUAUUUAGAACACUUAGCACUUUAAAUUGAUUUGUAUUAAAUGUUUUUGCAUUCUAUUAUGUGAGAAAUUUGGGGUAUCAAAAAAAUAAAAGAUUGCUAAUGUAA